CGACGCGGCAAAGUAUAAAGCGUGAGAGGUUCUUCCAAGCCGUAUACCGGACGAUGGGCUGGACCGACCGCUUGGGGCCGCGCUGGACGCAUGACGACGUCCGCGCCUUCUUCCACCUCUUCCGCGCGAACAUGGAGCUCAUGAAGACCAAGCCCGAUGAGGCCAUCGCGGCCAUCGCGAACGAGCUACCGGCGCGGACGUCCGACAUGGUCCGAGCGCUCGUCGCGAUGCACAAAGGGUAGGCAUCGGCACGCAUCGCUCGCAAUGCCACGUCGCGUAGGUUCCUCUCGCUGCCCAUGGCCACCGACGAAGGCCUCUACGCGAUCCUGACCGACCAUUACAACGCGCAGGUCGAGUGGGAGCGCGAGACCGCGAUGAAGGCGACGGCGCAAGCCACAAAGCGCACGCAGCCGCGAAAACCGCUCAAGCGCCGCAGCCUCCGCUCAAGCGAACGCAAGCUCUUUGUCGCUGCGAUCGACGAGGCGUUCUUCGAGCACAGCGAGUUCCAAGACUGUCUUGGCCAAAUGAACAUGGCGCAUGUCCAGCGGGCCAAGCGCACCGAAUGGUCGGCGAUCCGCCUCUCGAUGGGGCAUCCGCGCCGCUUCAGCGCCACGUUCCUCAACGAAGAACGGCAAAAGCUCUACCGGUACCGCAACGUCGUCCGCUAUGCGCAGCGCACCAAGGAGUUUCCGACCGACAUUCGAUUCCCGUACAAGAUCUACCACCCGCUCGCCAUUGGCACCGAAGUGCGAGUGCUGCACCCCAACAAGCUCACGCACCGGCUCUGCGUCGGGCGCGUCUGCUCCGUCUCGACCAUGGACCACUCGUACGAGGUCAUUGUGACGUACGCCGACCACAAGGAGAUCCUCAACUGCCCCGACACGUCCGUCAUGCUCGUCGAGAGUCCGCAGCCGUCGCUUUUGUACUGGCAGCAGCAACCGCUCAAGGUCGCCGUGCCGCGCGCCCCGGCCGUCCAAACCCUGCGUGUGUAUCCCAAGCCCGAAGAAGGCGUCGAUCGAGGAGCGAUGCUCUCGGACGCGGGCGUGACCAAGCGCACGUUUGCUGCGAUGCGGGCCGUCACAACGCUGCUGCAGCGCAAGGAAAUGUUGCUGAGCGCCCUCGCACGCAUGAACGACCGCGCGCUCGUGCUCCUCGCCGACCCGUCGACCACCUACCCCGCGCUCGUUCAUUUUCAGUCGCAGUACGCGUGGGUCAUUGUCAACCUCGACACGACCAACGACGUGCUCGCGGCGGCGCUGCAUCGGCUCCAGUCGGUUCAGCACACACCGGAAUCGCUUUUGAUGGAGCCGCACGGUCUCGAGUCGAGCUUGAACCCGCAGCAAAUUGGGUGGGCCCACCAGUUCCUCACGGCCGCCCACGACAAGUCGCGGUCGCUUGUCGCCACGUCCAUCCAGCGGCUCUCGAAGGACGACCGUGCCAUCUCGUCCAAGACCAACGACGUGCUCAUGGGCUGCAUGGACCUCGUCCUAACACUCCAAUGCGCGGCCAACAGCGACGACCGCCAGCUUGCGCCCGUUGUGCUGCACAAGCUGCUCGACCGCAACUUGGAGCAAAUUUUGCCGCGGUCGCAGGCCAAUAUGAGCUUGUACCACGAGAUUUGCCAGUCAGUCGAAGUGCUCAAGAGCGUGCUCAUGCACCCGCCAUCGUCCUAAUUGCUCUGCCAAUGCUACCUCGUUCUUGAUCCUUCUCGACGCUCCUUGCACUGUGCAAGGUGUACGAUGAACUGGCACGACCUCGAGCUGCGUUGUCAUUCGGGGUGCUGGUAAAAUGUAUUGUGUGAAAAAACAACGUGGCCUAGAGCCACACGGGCUCGGGAUCAUUGUGGUGCGGCGUCAUGUUGACGUCGACUUGGCGCGACUCGGACUUGGUUUUGAAGAGCAUUGGCG